CCUCCAUCUUCCAGCUUUCUCUCUCUCUCCCUUUCCGUUUCCGUGUUUCCCAGCACGCCUCUGAUACCCCCCCUUUCAUCUUUGACUCGCUCGCCAUACUUCGCGCUUUCCAUCGAAAGAAAGCCCGUCAUGUUCAGACAUGGCCUCCGCCGCUGCGCCGGCCUGGCGAGCGCCGCGUCGGCGUCGAUGCUCCCGCGCAGUCGCGCCCUCGCGCCUGUCGCGCGACAGGGCAUCGCAUCUCUCGGCCGCUCCAGUGUGCCUCUGAAGAGUAUUGCACAGUGUGCGCGCAUGUACAGCAGCGAGGUGACCGCCGAGGACUCCUCGGUGGUCGAUGCCGCCGCCGCCGCCACCCCCGAGGAGGCGACCCAGUUCGCCCAUCUCGAACAGCUCGGCGUCCACCGCAACUUGCUAAAGGCCAUCACCGAUGACAUGGGAUACGAAGACAUGACCCCCGUGCAGGCAAAGACGAUCAACCCCGCCCUCAAGGGCACCGACAUUGUUGCACAGGCCAAGACCGGUACUGGCAAGACACUUGCCUUUUUGUUGCCGUUGCUUCAGCGCAUGCUUGUGGAGGAUCCGUCGCUGGCCUCGAGACAGGCGAUGCGGCACGCCCGCUCCGACGAUAUCCGCGGCAUCGUUUUGUCCCCGACUCGCGAACUCGCCGAGCAAAUCGCCACUGAAGCCAGGCGUCUCGUGCGACACACCGGGCUCGUCGUUCAGUCCGCUGUCGGAGGAACCCGCAAGGCCGACAUGCUCCGUCAGACGCAGCGCCAGGGCUGCCAUCUGCUUGUUGCCACUCCCGGCCGCCUCAAUGACCUGCUGCAAGACCCUGCCUCUGGUAUUGACGCCCCAAACCUGGCUGCUCUCGUACUCGACGAGGCCGACCGUAUGCUCGACGUCGGCUUUGAGGCGGAGCUGCAAGAGAUCAUGAGGUGCCUCCCGAACAAGGACGAAAAGGUCCGCCAAACCAUGCUGGUCUCCGCCACCAUCCCCGACAACGUCAUCCGCCUGGCCCGCUCAAUGGUCCGACCGCAAGACUUCCAGUUCGUGCAGACGAUUGCCGAGAAUGAGUCCCUUACCCACGCACGAGUACCGCAGCAUAUCGUGGCCGUCUCUUCGUGGGCCAACAUCUUCCCCAGUCUGUUCGAGCUCAUCGACCGCGAGUCCGCCAAGAGUCAACAAGAUCGAAGCUUGAAGCCUUUCAAGGCGAUUGUAUACUUCAACACCACCGCGCUCGUCGAACUCGGCGGCGAACUCGGCUUCUACCGAAGGCGCAGUGACUUGAUGCAGAUCCCAACCUUCUCCAUCCACUCUGGGCUCACUCAGAACCAGCGGACCAAGGCCGCCGACCUGUUUCGCCGGGCCCGAACUGGUGUCAUCUUUUCUUCCGAUGUCACUGCCCGCGGUAUGGACUUCCCUGAUGUCACGCACGUCAUUCAGAUUGACGCCCCGCGCGACCGCGAGUCCUACAUCCAUCGACUGGGCCGUACCGGGAGACAGAACAAAGAGGGUGAGGGCUGGCUCCUGAUGCCACCCAUGUCGCUUAGCAGUGCGAGGAGGCUCCUGAAGGGACUCCCACUCCAGCAGAACAAGUCACUCGAGAGCGCAGCGGUCGAUAUCGCAUCCGGGGAUCUCCCCCAGGGUCAUCGCGAAAUGCUCGAUCUCGCAAACUCUAUUAAGAAGCACAUCUUGGGAGGAGCUUACAAGUCCAUCUUUGGUGGCGGUCAACACAGCAACAAGGAUGAACUUGUCGAUGAUUUGAAUCUCUGGGCGACUAUGGGCUGGGGCUGGGCUGAGCCGCCGGCCGUCAGCUCGACCUGGGCGCGCGGUCUGGGCCUGGCCAGGUCUAACUUGAAUAUUCAAGACGGCAUGGCUCGACGCGACUCCGGCAAUGAUCGGGGUGACCGCCGAGGCCCUGGGCGUUUCAACUCCCGUUCUUCAGAUGACAGGCGGUCGUCGGAUCCGUUCGUCGAGAUGGGACGCCACGUACGGCGCGACGGCCCCGGCUCGGGCCGCGGCUCUGGGCGUAGCCAGUGGUAAAGCCAAGUGCUGAAGCCUCGCUCUCCGCACGCGAGGACGCCGCAUCCCCAUCCUUGCCGAUGACGUGCAUGAAAGCAACUUUGUCUUUUUAGACAGCGUUAGUCCUUUCAUCAUGUAUCAGGGCGAUGUCAUGAAUAUGUGUGUGUGGAAAAGCGUGUAAGAUACCAAACAUCGAACCAGGGGCCUGGAAUUUUGUGUACAGUAGAAAGGGGGGCUUCAGGGACGGACGGGCAUCACGUCAGAGGCGUUUUGGAACCAACUCUCCCAAAUAAUGGACCUUGUAUAAAAACCUGUGUAUCUGAUUGUAAUAUUCUCAUGCUGAUC